GUUAAUAAACACAAAAGUGAACACGGUAGCAUCUACAGGUUAUAACUGUGAAUAGGUAUCGGUUCAUCAUUUAUUUAGAAUCAAAUAAAAUCGAUAAAAUGUCAUACGUGUACCACAUAUCGUGUCCAGCAAUGAGUGAGCGUGAUGACCGAUGAAAACCGUAAGAAGUGCCCUACGGUGUCCUAUGCACCAUCGUUAUGUGACAUUAAACAUCACAAUUCUGUAAGUGUGCCGUAUCUACAUCACUUUGAUGGUAAUGCCUGCGAGUUCUGCGUUCUGAGCGAGGUAAUAAAUUGUGUCCUCCACCCUCACAGCCCUGUUGAAGCGUGAGAAAAUGGUGUCGUCCUAGUGGUAAUUACAGAACGGGUACUGAACAAGUUUUAGCUGGCAAUUUAAGUGUUAUUAUGGGAGAGACCCCGAGUGUGCCACAUGGUUUAUGCACCGUUCUACUAUAAGCUCCAAUGUAACGAAGGAAUAAAAAUUGCAUCUAUGAAGAAAACAUGGAAAGCACAUAUGAUAAAGCGAUCGAUAUGAAUAAAUUUUAAAUACGUUAGCAGCGCUAACGUCGAGUUGUGUAACCGAUUUGCAAGGCUGUAGCCAAUGUAAAGGGUCCUAGAUAAUGAAGCAAUUUGAAUACAGGAAUUAGUGAACUAUAACUAAGUGUAUAUAUCAGUUAUGUGAUCCGUAAUCAUAAUAGAAUGAAUGACGCAAAUCAAGUACCUCCCAGUAAUAGUAGUGCUAGUGAAUCCGUAAAUUGUUGUGUUCUAGUAAAAAUAACUCCAAGCCAAGACGGUGAAAGCGUUCAAACGGCAAGCACUACCAUAUCACCUGACGAGAAGUGGUCUAGUGAUUUGAAACCAACCCGAAAUGGCAGUCUGCCGGAAAGCAUACUAUAUCAAAGCUCUCUCAACGUGAUACUGCCAAAUUUCAUCGAACAUGAACAACGAGCCAGUUCACCAUUUAUUGAAGCGCGCCAAAAGCACCCGAGAACAACACAUUCAAGUCCCGUGAAAACAUCCAGAAGAUUUAGCCAGGAUGCACAUGCUUUUAUGACGGGUGUUCGAAGUAUCAGCGAAAAUAAUGAGAUAAAUCAUCAAAGUGAGCGAAAUCAAUUAUUUAUGCGACACAGUACCGACAACAUUCAUGCUAUUAAUAAAUUUCCGUGCUGCUCUGGUUCCACCAUCGGCAUAAAUGGUGGGAUGGGCCAAUACAUGAAUCACAACAGCAACAGUGACAACAGUAAUAAUACCAAUAGCAACAGUAGCUCCAACCAAUUCAAUGUAACUAGGACCAACAGUACAAAUACCACCGGUGAGCACGACACACAUGGAACAGUUUCCACGGCGUCAGUUGAUCAGUCGAACGAUAGUAAUCACCACGUGGCUGAUAGCACAACUUCUGGUUACCAUGGUAGCUCGCAGGAGUCAAUGAGUGAAACGGACACCGCCAAACAGGAUGUACCGAAUAGGAAAUCGUUGGAUGAUAUUAUGGAAAGCCCUCUCCUGAAAAGCCCCGUGGAAAAGUGGCUCGAAACACAGGACAAAGCCUUGGAUCAGAUGCGCAUCAACGAUGAUCAAAAUCGAAGUCCUGAUCUCUACAGCAAAAUAUUUGGUCCCAGAAUAACAAACAACGAAAACAUACCAGGAACACCCAUGGACCCACCAAACAUAGCUUCGGAAAUCAAUAAUAGCAUCAACUCCACCUCGCAAAUUAGCAUGGCAAACGAAAGACGGCGAUCAUCAACCAAAUUGCUAGGAGGAAGCUCUCCGGUCAAGGCAGAACCUUCUACUCGUUAUAGCACAGACAGAACAUCUACUAACAAUAGACGGCGAACAUCUCAGCAAUCGGAUGACACUCGGAGGUCCAGUAAGCAAGAUAAGGAGGGUCUUGAUCCAGAAUCCUUGAUGUUUCGUGAUGGACGGCGAAAGAUCGACAUGAUUUUAUGUUACGAAGAAGAAGAUGAAGGCGUGAUGACUGAGAUCGAAUCACUAAAAAGGCACCAGCGCAAAGUUUUCCAAGAAAAUUUGGUUAAAGAAGGUCUGGAAAUUGAAGUUGAGCACAAAUCACAAUCGUUUGAUGAGAAGACAUACUUUAUCAAGGUUCACAUACCUUGGCGGACAGAAUCUCGCUAUGCGGAAGUUAUGAAUUUGAAGCUACCGGUGAAGAGAUUCAUUACUAUCAGCGUGAAGGCAAAAGAGUCCACCUUAAGAAAGCACCAAAACAAAUGGCUGGGCUACUGGACUAAGCUCAUGUCCAUGACUGAAUAUAAUUACAGUCGAAUCGAGAAAGAACCAUCGUUCUAUUCAGCGACGGCCAACGGCAACCCGGAAGAACAAUUCAUUGUCAAGGAUCGAUGCACCACUUACAACAGUGCUCAGCGGAGCUUGAUAGUAAUGCAAAUUCUGAUGAGAACCCGUUUCGAUGAAACCGAAAAGGCCAACUAUGUCGGAAUCAAAAGAUUGUUGAAUGACGGCACAUACCUGGCAUGCUUUCCCCUGCACGAGGGUCGAUACGAUAGGAACCAUUCAUCAGGAGCUUUAUUCGAUAGGAGGCUGCUCUAUUUGGAAUGGGCUAGACCAGUGAAGUGGUACAAAAAGCAACCAUUGUGCCUGAUUAGAAAGUACUUUGGCGACAAAAUAGCGCUUUACUUUUGCUGGUUAGGCUUCUACACUAAAAUGUUGUACGCUCCUGCAAUCGUUGGAUUGUUCUGUUUCCUAUACGGGUUGGCAUCCAUGGAUUCAAGUGAUAACAUUCCUACGAAAGAAAUCUGUGAUGAAAAUGGACCCGGAAACAUCACAUUGUGCCCGCUCUGCGAUCGUGCCUGCAGCUAUCAGCAGCUAUCGGAAUCAUGUUUAUUUGCUCAAUUGACCUACCUAUUUGAUAACCCAUCGACGGUGUUCUUUGCGAUCUUUAUGUCUUUUUGGGCAACAACUUUUCUCGAGAUGUGGAAACGUAAGCAAUCCGUUCUGAUUUGGGAGUGGGACCUACAGAAUAUUGAAAAUGAAGAAGAUACACGACCCGAGUUUGAAACAUCCGUUAAAACGUUCCGUACAAAUCCGGUGACUCGCGAAAAAGAGCCUUAUAUGCCAACAUGGGACCGUGCCAUACGAUUUUUCGCCACUUCUAGUGCCGUGCUCUUUAUGAUUGCAGUAGUUCUAGGUGCCGUUCUGGGAACUAUCAUUUAUAGAAUUUCACUCGUAUCUGUGAUCUAUAGUGGUGGAGGAAGAUUUUUCCGCAAACAUGCCAAAUUAUUCACCACAAUGACUGCUGCCUUAAUCAAUCUUAUAAUAAUCAUGAUUUUAACUCGUAUUUAUCAUAAACUAGCUAUCUACCUAACCAAUUUAGAAAAUCCACGUACGCAAACGGAGUACGAGGAUUCGUAUACAAUCAAGAUAUUCGUGUUCGAAUUCAUGAACUUUUACAGCUCGCUGAUCUACAUCGCGUUCUUCAAGGGACGCUUCUUCGACUAUCCGGGAGAUGACGUGGCACGGAAGAGUGAAUUUUUCCGUCUAAAAGGCGAUAUCUGUGAUCCGGCUGGGUGCUUGAGUGAACUUUGCAUCCAGCUAGCAAUUAUCAUGGUGGGAAAACAAUGUUGGAACAAUCUGAUGGAGUACUUUUUCCCAGCAUUUUACAACUGGUGGCGUCAACGCAAACACAAGCAGCUAACAAAGGACGAGACUCAUCUACACAUGGCUUGGGAGCAAGACUACCAUCUCCAGGAUCCUGGACGAUUGGCCUUGUUCGAUGAGUAUUUAGAAAUGAUUGUACAGUAUGGAUUUGUGACGUUGUUUGUGGCCGCUUUCCCUCUGGCUCCAUUGUUUGCAUUGCUAAAUAACAUUGCUGAAAUACGGUUGGAUGCUUACAAAAUGGUUACUCAAUCUAGACGACCUCUGGCAGAACGAGUCGAGGACAUCGGAGCAUGGUACGCGAUUCUGAAGAUCAUAACCUACACGGCCGUGGUUUCCAACGCAUUCGUGAUAGCUUAUACCAGCGACUUUAUCCCUCGCAUGGUCUACAAAUAUGUCUACUCACCUCAGUUUUCACUGCAUGGAUAUAUCGAACAUUCACUGUCAGUUUUCAACACCUCUGAUUACAAAGAUGAGUGGGGCACCAAAACCGAAUCCGAUCCAGAUAUUUGUCAGUACAGGGGAUAUCGUAAUGGUCCCGCCGACCAAGAACAGUAUGGCUUGAGUCCCCACUAUUGGCACGUAUUUGCGGCUCGGUUGGCGUUCGUGGUUGUUUUUGAGCACAUUGUGUUUGUACUGACGGGAAUCAUGCAGUUUAUCAUUCCGGAUAUCCCCGUUGAAGUUAAGACCCAGAUACAGCGCGAACAAAUGCUCGCCAAAGAAGCCAAAUACGAACAUGGCUUGAAAAAAUCCCGAGAUACAGAUUAUGAAGAAAUUUUGCAAGCAAUUCGGGAUCAAAGCAACAACAGUAGACAAGGAAUAAGAGGAAGCUGGGCCAGACGCCUGAGUCGUCUAAGUGAUGGAUUGGAUGCGCAUGUAGAAGUCUCAAACCGCCCUCGGCAGUCUCUGGAAUCAACAGUGUGGGAAGUCACAUAGCAAUAGUAAACCAUCCCGUAGAUGCUUUCAAAAUGUUAAAACAUUGUUUAUUAAGUUAAAUACUAUAUUGUGAACUAAUU